CGGGGACGUCACUUCCCUGUUAAGAUUAUGGGGGAGGACACGACCAAAGAGCCUCUUGUUACAGAUCCUCCAACAGAUACUACUAUCAGUAACAAGCCCCAUCAACCCUGAAGCAUGAAGUGCAGAGAAAUGGCUUUAGCUGGUGAUAAAAACGAGAUCCUUGGAGAACACGGGUUUCCAUCUGCUAGUAAUGUCCACAGAAGUGGAGACAAGACUGAAGACGGGGAAGAUGACAGCAAAAAAACAAGGUUUGAGUCCUGUUUUGAUCAGCCUGUGGACUCAAGUGUUCAUGAGAUAAUCAAGUUGACGCCUUCCUCUCUUCCUGCUGAACAUUAUGAUGCAGAGACAACCGAACCUAUCAGCUGUGGUCUAUCCUCCAUGGAUGAGUUGUUGUCAUGGAACCGAAGCAAGGCAAACUCCUUUAACGUGGCAGUUGUUCCUCUGGCACCUCGGGAGCCCCGUCUGGUCAACUGUCUACGUCGGACAUUGGUGUCUCACGACAUGAUGGGUGGCUACCUGGAUGACCGUUUUAUCCAAGGCACAAAUUCAGAGGCACCAUAUGCCUUCUACCAUUGGCAGUACAUAGAUAUUUUCAACUACUUCACACAUCACUUGGUUACUAUUCCUCCAGCCGUGUGGACAAAUGCUGCACAUAAACACGGAGUCAUAGUUCUCGGAACUUUCAUCACUGAAUGGACUAAUGGAGCUGCAAUGUGCGAGGCCUUCCUGAAGGAUGAGGAGUCCUACCGGGCAGUGGCUGACAAACUAGUCCAGAUCAGUCAGUAUUAUGGCUUUGAGGGCUGGCUCAUUAAUAUAGAGAAUGCUCUGAGUGAGGCAGCUGUGAAGAACACUCCGUUGUUUCUGCGCUAUCUGACAGAGCAGAUGCAUGAGCGAGUGCCCAGCAGCCUGAUCCUGUGGUACGACAGCGUUAUUGAGAACGGAGAACUUACAUGGCAGAAUGAACUCAACCAGACCAACAGGGUGUUUUUCGAUGCCUGUGAUGGUUUUUUUACAAAUUACAACUGGACAGAGGAGAACCUGGAGUGGAUGAAGGAGUACCCUGGGGUCCAAGGUCGUCAGGCAGAUGUGUACAUUGGGGUGGAUGUGUUUGCCAGAGGAAAGGUAGUGGGAGGCAUGCUGGAAACAAAUAAGGCUCUGGAUAUCAUUCGGAAGCACAACUUCUCUGUUGCGAUCUUUGCUCCUGGAUGGGUGUACGAGGUCCAUAAUAAGAGUGAAUUCCGUACUAAUCAAGACAAGUUCUGGGCUCUUCUCUCAGAUUACCUGUACAUCCACCAACUUGCCUCACGUCUUCCAUUUAUCUCCUCCUUCUGUCAGGGCUUUGGGAAAGCAGUUUACUGGAAAGGACAGCAUGAGACAAAGAAGAGCUGGUUCAACCUGACUGCUCAGGAGAUCCAGCCCUUAUACUACCACAUGGAUCUAGAGGAUCAUGGCCAGGUCAAGAGCAGUGGCUGCCCUGAAGAUGCCUGGAAUGGAGGCUGUUCCCUGCUGCUGCAUGGACUUAUCCCUGCAACUUUAAACACCCCAGUUUGUGCUAAGAUUUUCUCGCUCCAUGUGCCACUGGAUUCCAAGAUCAUGGUAAGUGUUGUCUACAAAGCAUCUGCUGGGAUCGCUAUCUCUUUGCAGCUGAAGACAACAGACUCCUCUCACUGUUCCCACACUGAUGUCCACGAGGUCACAUUAACAAGUAUGUCCCCUAAGAUUCUGGGUAAUGGACCGCUAUUAGUGAGCCAGAUCUCUGAGCUGUGUGGAAACAUAAACCCACAUGGGUGGAUUGUUAGAUGUUCACAACUGGAGCUUCAUGGCUGUGUUCUCAGAGAAGUGUGUGUACUUAUCCAUCGGGACGGAGGGUCUCAGGACACGUCUUUCAGCUUCAGGCUGGGAGAGAUCAUGGUAUUGGAUGUGGAUACCCUGCAGCUGCCCGUCGACCCUGUUCGGGGCUUGUGUGUUGAUGACGUGGUUUGGCUGUGUGGAGUCGGUACAUCACCAGAAAGCACGUCCCCCUGCCUGCGCCUCUGUGCUACCCUGCGCUGGGACUACCCAGUAGAAUCUGUGCGCCACUUUAGGGUGUAUUGGCGAAGGCUCAGAGGACCUGAUCCAAGAAUCCCUCCUGGUAAGCUGGAGCUGUUGGCCCGAGCCUACUCCAAUCAGUUUAGGGUGACGGAGCUGGUUGUGCCUGAGCCACCCAUGGAGUUGGAGCUGGUGGUGGAGCCAGUGAUUAGUAACGGUUUCCCUGUGCCAGAGAGCCACUGGGGCAGAAGACAACUCAGCUAUGCAGAAGGAUCUGAAAAAUGAUUUCACUCAGGCUCUUUCUCUGGGACUGUUUUACACAAGGCUAUGAAGUGGAGCAGGACAUUGAACCCAUGAAGGACUACACAUCACUUUUAAUGUGUUAAUGGUUAAUCACAGAAGCAGUGGUGAGUUGCCACAGGCUAACCCCUGCAGUGUUUUAGCAGUUCUUUGUGUGAAAAUCACUAUUGUUUAAAGGUCUUCUCGCAGCUAUUGUUUCCACCACAAAACAAAUGGAAAUGAGCAGAAAUAAAUAAAAUCAACCAGUGUCUUCUCCUUACAGGAGGUUGGACAAAUAUA